AUGAAGCUAGAAUACAAUUUGCGGCUUUUCAAGAUCAAAGGCAUAGUGGGGAAUAUUUUACGAGUACAUAGUCGCGAUAUGGAAAUUGAUUAUCGCACUCGUUUAACAGCAAUGUUGGAUGUGACACGCUUUCUAUUGAAGCAAGGGUUGCCUUUUCGAGGACAUGAGUCAACUAGUUCUUCAAAUAGAGAAGUGUUAGGAAAUGUACAUGAUGAUGCCUCUUAUUCUGCGAACAAAGGUGUUGCCGCAGGUUUAAUUGAGAAGAUGGAGAGUUAUCAAUUUGUUUUUGUGUUACAUUUGAUGAAGUAUAUAUUGGGAAUUACAAAUGAGUUAUCACUUUCCCUACAACAAGGGGAUCAAAAUAUUGUUCAAGCCAUGUCCUUGGUUAGAAGUGUGAAAUGUCGACUACAAGACUUCAGGGAAGAUGGAUGGCAGAUAAUUUUGGAACAAGUUAACACAUUUUGUGAAUUGAAUAUGAUUCCAAUACUUGAUAUGGAGGACAACAUGCUAACUCGUGGUCAUGGCAGGCGUAGAGGGCAACUCAUCACCAAUUUUCAUCAUUAUCGUGUGGAGAUUUUUUGUCAGGUUGUUGAUUUAAUUAUACAAGAGAUGAAUAAUCGUUUUUCAGAAGUUAGUACGGAAUUGCUUGGUUGCAUAUCAUGUCUUCAUCCAAGAAAUUCUUUCUCUCAAUUUGAUGUUCACAAACUCAUCCAUCUUGCUGAUUUUUAUCCCGAGGACUUCUGUGGUACUGAUUAUUUAUUUUUGGAACAACAACUUAUGAGUUACUUUUAUAAUCUGCGGGAUGAUCCUUACUUUUCUGCAAUUGAUGACUUGGGAAUUCUGGCUCAGAAAUUGGUUGAGACUGAAAAACAUUUGGUGUGCUCAUUGGUUUAUCGUAUGAUAGAGUUGGCUUUAGUUUUACCAAUUGCAACUGCUUCAAUUGAACGAGUUUUUUCUGCAAUGAAGACUAUGAAGACUGAUUUACGCAAUAGAAUGGGAUAUGAAUGGAUGAAUGACAGUCUAGUUGUAUACAUUGAAAAUGAUAUUUUUUUCCACAAUUGA